AACAUUUUCUGCGCGAGAUUUGCACAGGCAUUCUGAUCGCCGCCGUCGCUGGUGUUGCUCCUCCUGUUUCGAGAUAAAAGACGAAUAUAACGCGACACCAAGGACUCUGACUCGGACCCAUGGCCAAGAAUGAGCUGAAGGAGCUGUCACCGCCCAGGAAGCAGCCGGCAAUGCCCGAGGGAUUCCGCCAGCUGAAGACACAGGUGGCCGGCCACACAUUCGAGGAGUCCAACGCGGAUGCAGUGGGUCUGCUGCAGGAUCCCACCGCCGGAUGCGUGCUGAAGCCCAUGGGCAAACCGGAGUGCGGCGAGCGGGAGCUGCGCUUCUAUGAGUCACUCGCAGCGGCAGGUGCUUCAGGUGAUAAUGACCUUGCCCUGCUCCGCGGUCACGUCCCCCGAUUUUACGGCCCCCUGAAACUGGUUGUGAAUCGGCGCGAACGCACGUUCCUCCGCCUGGAAGAUCUUACGCGUGGGAUGUGCCAGCCAUGCGUCAUGGAUGUGAAGAUGGGUAAACGAACCUGGGACCCGGAAUCCUCGCCGAACAAGCGAAAACUGGAGGAGGCCAAGUACGUGAUGUGCAAGCAAAAGCUGGGCCUUUGUUUGCCAGGCUUCCAGGUGUACCUUCCCAAGGAUGCCAAGGAGGAUGGGGAGGAGGAGGAGGAGGAGCAUCCCACAAUCCUGCGACAUGGCAAGGAUUAUGGCAAGAGCUUGAAUGUGGAGGGCUUCAAGCAGACCAUGGCCUUGUUUUUCAAUGCCAGCACAAGUGAUUCCAAGACCAGAAGAGUCGGCACGGAGCUGCUGCUGAAGGAAGUGCUCCGCCAACUGCAGGCAAUCCUCUCCUGGUUCCAAAGGCAGCGCCUACUGCAUUUCUAUGCCAGUUCUUUGCUCAUCUGCUACGAUUACUCGAGAUUGGCGAAUCCCAAUCCCCAAAAGUCCCUGCUCAAUGGCCACCACCGCCUCGAAAAAGAUGAUGACCCUUCCAAUUGGGUGCGGGUCAGAAUGAUCGACUUUGCUCAUGUCUAUCCAGCGGAUCAGGCCCUGCCAGACGAGAACUAUCUGUUCGGCCUGAGGAGCCUGAUAGAAGUUGUCCAGUCAAUACUCCACCGAUGAUUAUGCAACGGGACCAAGACCACCCAAAGAUGUACUCGAUGCAGUUGCUCCAAUCUCUCAUUGCAGUGAGACACUUUUGUAUUAUUGCCGAAGCCAAAAGAUUAGUCCACAGUAGUUGGCUAGCUACUCUAAACGUAGAAUAAAACCCGGUUUUUUACACA